AUGCCUGCUACAGCAACAAUCAUAAACCCCCAUGGGUUGAUGCCCCCUCAAGAGGCUUCCAAGGCGUUAUUCUCAAUAUCCACCCCUUCGCCUCACGCAGCCUUAUCCAAUAAGGUCACUGCUGUCGGUGAAAUCACCAAAGCCCCCAAUCUAGAUGUGGAUUCCUCAAACUUAAGGAAGCAUCUUGCAGAGCUCUUUGUCGAGAACAUUAUGGCGAAGGUCUGGCGGGUCGCAUUUGAGUCUCUCCCUAGCGCUGGAGCGACACCCGAGGAAUGUGCGAAGAAGUUCCCUCGCGUAUUUCCCGAAUACGUGCCCCAGGUUCCUCAGCAUGGCGAGAAGCCUAGCCUCUACCAUCUCCGUGAGGCAGACUUCUGGACAUGUGGUUUCUUCCCCGGGACCUUGUACGAGCUGCUUGAACGAACAGUACGCUAUCCACAGUCCGCUGUAUGCUUCCUUGGUUCAUCUCCACAGGAGAGACGAGACCAGCUCCGCGCCAUGUGUAAAAAAUGGUCGGAGCCGUUGCACGACAUGGCUAGCAGGACGGACACACACGACAUAGGCUUCAUUGUCAUGCCUGCUCUGCGCAAGGAUUGGGAGCUCUUUGGCAACUCUCGCAGCCUGGAAUCUAUUGUCCGUGCGGCCAACAGCCUGGCAACGAGAUACGUUGCCUCCGCAAAGGCUAUCCGCAGCUGGGAUCUUUUGAUCAGGAAGGACGAGCGGAUCAUGGAUAUGAGUACCGAUCUUAUCGUAAUCAUCGAUUCUUUGUGCAAUCUUGACCUACUCUUCUAUGCCGCCGCCCAUAGUUCCUCCAGGCGACUCGCGGAGAUGGCCGUCGCCCAUGCCCGCACUUUGAUACGCACCCACCUGCGUCCGGAGCCCCCUCUUCCACAACCCACGUUCGGAAGGUACAAUGGCCAGCUAUACUCUACCAACCACGUCACAUGUAUCGACCCAAAGACUGGCGCCAUCAAACGUCGUAUGACAGCGCAGGGGUACGGGGACGGGUCCACCUGGGCUCGCGGUCAGGCGUGGGCAAUACCAGGGUAUGCACAGACGUACUCAUGGACCGGGGACACGGAAUUUCUGAAUGUGGCGUGCGGAACGGCAGAGUAUUUUCUCCAUAGGUUGAAGACGCACCCUGUUGCGCGGGAUCCUGGAGGUGGGAAGUCGCAGUACACUUCCCCACCAUGGGACUUUGAUGCUCCACCGGAGAGUGAGGGCGAGGAGGUCGUGCGAGAUUCCAGCGCGGCAGCCAUCGCUGCGAAUGGGUUGCUCGUGCUGUCGCAGGCGCUGAUUGCGGAGGGAGAGAAGAUGCUUGCAGCGAGAUUUUUUGACGCAGCUGUGGAUUUGAUUAGAGGCACUCUGGACUAUUCACUAGCGAGGGAAACUGCACGGUUUCAUUCUGUCUCUGGCGAAGAGUCUAAAGAGGGUCUGGCUGUGGAAGACCUGGUGCAGGGAAAGCGGUUCGAUGCGAUCCUCAAGCAUGGGACGGCUAACAACAAUGAGAAUGCGAGGAGGCGUUAUGCGAACCACGGCCUGGUGUAUGGUGAUUACUACUUGGUGAGAUUUGGAAACGAGCUGAUGCGCAUGGGUUUAGUGUAG